AUGACACGCCGCAUAGUCCGCACCGCAAUCCAACUCGCCCUCUUAACCACCAUAAUCCUCUUCAGCGUCCUCUUCCUCGACACCCGCUACCGCGUGCUCCCCCAAUCCCUCCACAACCAUCUCCCACUCCACACCCCCGGCCUCGUGAUCACAGACAUAACGCUCAAAACCUGCAACACCCUGAACCCCUUUUCCACCUGCCGCCUCGAUCCCGACAAAUGGCACCGCAUCGAGAAAGACCUCUAUCUCUCGACCGGAUGGACCAGCUCCGCCUGGCUGCACAUCAAGCGCAAGCGCGAAGAGGAGCUCACAGGGACCGACAAAGUAGUCCUCGACGUGCGGAUCGGACGGCUCGACCCCGCGGUCGGCGAGAGCGGACAGGCGGCCGAGAAGUGGGAGGCGCGGCCGGGCGGGCUGUGGCUGAAGCGCAGCGGGAAGAAGAAGGACAGCGACAGCAAGGCGGUGAUCACGGCUGUCGAUGUGCUGUUUGGCGCGGACGCGGUGGAGCCCCGCCCGGGGUGGGAGAUUAGAGAUACGCCGCUGCUGUUGGAUAGUGCAGGGGAGGGGCAGGAGGCGCGGUUGUCGGUUAGGAGGGGGCCGCCGCAAAAGGUCGAGAGGCCGACGCCGAGAGUGGGGAAGGAGGGCAGGUUCAAGAUUAUGCAGGUUGCGGAUUUGCAUCUUAGUACCGGGAUUGGGGUCUGUAGGGAUCCGGAACCGAAGGGUGCGAAUGGGGGGAAGUGUGACGCGGAUACUAGGACGCUGGAGUUUGUGGGGCGCUUGCUGGAUGAUGAACGCCCGGAUUUGGUGGUGCUGUCGGGGGAUCAGGUCAACGGGGAGACGGCACCUGAUGCGCAGAGCGCCAUCUUCAAGUUCGCCGAACUCUUCAUCAAGCGCUCCAUCCCCUACGCCACAAUCUUCGGCAACCACGACGACGAAGGCUCCCUCUCGCGCGCCGCCCAGAUGUCCCUAACCUCCUCUCUCCCCUUCUCCCUCUCCGAAGCCGGCCCCAACACCAUCGAAGGCGUCGGCAACUACUACGUUGAAGUCCUCGCGCCCGGAAACUCCCAGCACAGCGCCCUAACAAUAUAUCUCCUCGACACGCACGGUUACUCACCUGACGAAACGCGCUUCAAGGGCUACGACUGGCUCAAGCCGAAGCAGAUCGAUUGGUUUAAAAGUACGGCGGCGACGCUGAAGGAGAGCCACAAGCAUUAUACGCACAUCCAUCUUGAUAUGGCGUUUAUUCACAUUCCACUGCCGGAGUAUGCGGAUGGGAGUAAUCACCCAAUUAUAGGCCAGCAUCCAGAGGGCGUCACCGCGCCGGGCUUCAACACGCACUUCCGCGAUGUGCUUGUUGAUGCGGGCGUCCCUGUCGUCUCGUGCGGUCAUGAUCACGCGAAUGAUUACUGCGCGUUGAGCUCGAAGAAGAACUCUGAAAGUGGGAACGGGGACCUGUGGAUGUGCUAUGCGGGCGGAAGCGGGUUUGGGGGCUAUGGCGGCUAUGGAGGGUAUCACAGGCGGAUCAGGAUGUUUGAAGUCGACAUCAACGAGGCGAAGAUUAGGACGUGGAAGAGGUUGGAGUGGGGAGAGACGGAUAAGAGGCUUGAUGAGUUGGUGGUUGUGGAUGGCGGAAGGGUUGUUGCGCCCACAUGA